UUAGAAGAGCAUGUAGCAGAGAUUUGUGUCCAACAAAUGGAACAUAUCGCAGACGUUUGCCAGCAUGAGCUCCUCCACCCAGAAAGACAAGCACUUUGGUGAACAUUCCAGGUUUGCCAGCAAAGUGAAGAAAGGUUUUACAGCUGCAUAUCCAACACAAUCCUCCAUUCCUUACAAAUCCCAAGUAACAAUAAUUACAGAAUCAGAGAAAAAAGGAUUUAAUAGUCAAGCCAAAAGAUUCCAUCAUAAAAAGAAUGAUGUCCCAGGCCCUGGGUCCUACAACGUUAUCCACCAGUCUCCAGUGUUCAGCAGUGUCUCACUGUCCAGGAAAGGGACCUGCACUUUUCCUUCUGUGAAGGCCCGGCUGGCCACCAUUGUUUCUAAAUAUCCCGCAGCAAAUGCGUACACUCUCCCAUCCAAUUUUGCUUCGAAGAAGGACUUCAGCAAUUCCUGUUCCAGCAUGUUCCAGGUGCCAGUCUUCAUGAAAGCGCACAGAUCUGAAACCCCUGCCCCAAACCAUUAUCACGCCUCCAUCUCUUGCUGCCUGCAGCAAAAUAAUGUGUCUGCCCGAGCUGGGUUUAUGUCUAAAACCCAGAGAGGAUUGUUCGCUGCCACUGACAAGGUCCCUGCUCCAGGGCAUUAUGAUGUCAAUGAAUCCCUUGUGAAGGAGUCACCGAAGAUAUUAAUGUCUUGUUUCAAAUCAAAAACUGACCGUGGGUUUAAACUGAUAUCAACAGGUCCAGGGCCUGGAUAUUACAACCCAAAUGGCCACACCAAAAUUUCUAAAAAGUCUGUCAUUCCGAAAAACCCUGUCCUGAACUUCUCAGCCCAGCCUUUGCCUCUGCCUCCGAAGCCACCGCCUCCAGGCCCUGGCCAGUAUGAGAUUGUGGACUAUGCUGGACCGACCAAACAUUUCAUCUCUAGCGCGUCCUUUGUGUCCAAUACCAGCCGGUGGAUAAUGGCACCUUCCCAGCCAGGCCUCCCGGGCCCAGCCACUUACAGGCCUGAGCUCCCAGGGAAGCAGUCCUUCCUCUACAAUGAGGACAAAAAAUGGGUCCCAGUGAUGUAGUGAUGCCACACAAGCUCAGGAAGACCCCUGGCCCCCAGCUCCCUGGGACAUUCACUUGGAGAGCAUGCGUUUCAUGUGUGGCUGCUGACGAAGCUCCCCUGGGCCAGUGCUGGGGCACAGCUGCUGGGGCAACCUCAUCUCAAGCUGCACUGGGUGACUAACUCACCUCACCAGCAUCAGCGUUUUCCUGAGCAGCAAGGAGGAGUAGACAGAUGGAGACCCCAGUCACUUCCCCUGCACCCACGCAGAUGGCUCUGGCCUGACUCUUCCACAGAUUCCACAGAACAGAGUCCAUCCCCAUGAAGGUAGCUGGUGCCAGUCCUGGCCCCGAAGCGUGAUGCCCAUACAGGUCUCUGGGGUCUGAGCAUUCCCAGGUGUGGACCCAAUCAUCUGCCCUUCGCUUCUAGACUCCUGAUCUCCAAGAGCCGGGAAGGGCCAGUGACACCAGUGGCAGACAUUCAAAGGUAUUUCCAGGCCCCCUAAACCCUCACACAGCACUUUCUGGAAGAACAUGGAAGCUGGCCACCUUUCCUCAUUACUCACCACUGGGGAGGCUGCCCCAAAAUUUAUAGGCUCUGCUCCAACAACAGAUGUGACAGCACCCUGUGGAACGCGAACCCCGGAAACAGCAGUUCAAGGGGCAGGAAGGCGUCCCUGUGCCCUGUGCCUGCAGGCUGUCACCCUCACCAUCCCUGCCUGGGCCAGGUCUCCAUGCACCUCCCUUGCUGAGCUUCUGCACCAAAGCCCAAGAAAGACUUGUUGGCCAGGUUUGGCGGUCUGUCAUGGAUCUCCUCUGACUUGCCAAAUCUUUUUCCCUGCACAAGAGGAAGACGGAAGAACCGAGAUGAAAUAGACCUAGCUGCCCUCCCCUUCCUUCCCAAAUAUGGACAUUGACUAGCACUUUUGUAAGCAGGAGUCGCUGAGCAUCGUCCUCACACCCUCUCCGGCUUUGCUCCCCAACACCUGGUCCCCCACGCCAGACCCUUGCUUCCUCACGCCCUCCCCUUUGUCCCUGCGUGGUGCAUCCUGGGCCUUAC